CGGGGCUCGUAUAUUAGGGGUGUGGUCAGAGCCACGAGGUAAAUAUAAUACUGUACACUUCUUUGAGCUGAGAUGGAUGCACUUAAAGCUUUGAAGGCAGAAGCUGAAAGGAAGAGGAAGGCUUUAGAUGACAAAGGCCUAAAAGCUAGGAAGUAUGUAAAGCGCUCUGAGCUGGAGAGGGUAUGUAAAAAACCUGACGCCGAGCUGCCCAAUCGCACUCCAGAAAAGGAGGAGGGGUCAAUGGGAGGGGCCACACUAAUGAGCCCUACUGCAAUCACUUCAAUAGGAGGCUCCGCCCUAUUCUCAAUACCCAAAUUAGAGGUGGUCCGUCGAUUGAGGGAGAGAGACGAGCCAAUCAGAUUGUUUGGAGAGACAGAUAAUGAUGUGACCCUCAGACUCAGGCAAAUUGAGAUUCUUGCUCCAGAAGUCAACAAGGGCCUGACCAAUGAUUUCAAAGAUGCUCUGGACAAACUUGAUCAUGAGAACCUGCUGCAACUGGCCAGGCAAGACGGUGACGUUGGAGUGGAGCGCUCGGACCUACAGUUCAAAGAUGAUGGUACAACUCUUCAAGAGCUACUGUCCAUGAUGACAGACUUGAAAGGGGAAGAUGAAGACAAGCAGCAAGAUGUCUGCCUCAGAACCCUCAAGUUCUUACUGAAGGAGUGGGCUAAGAAACUGAAUUCUAGACCAGAGGCUGUCAAGACCAGCUGGAAGGGCAAGCUUGAGAGUGUCACAUUCAAACAAACAGAGGCAUAUCUCAAACCAUUGUUUAAGCAGAUGAAGAAGAAGAGAACUCUGCCAGACCUCCUCAGAUUUCUGUGUCUGAUUUGUUCCCACCUACUGAAUAGAGAAUACGUACAGGCAAACGAUGCAUACCUCUCCAUGGCGAUUGGUAACGCCCCCUGGCCGAUUGGUGUGACCAUGGUGGGUAUCCAUGCUCGUACUGGGAGGGAGAAGAUCUUCUCUCAGCAGAUUGCACAUGUUCUCAAUGAUGAGACUCAGAGAAAGUACAUUCAGGCUGUGAAGCGACUGAUGACAUUCUCCCAGCAACAUUUCCCGACUGACCCAUCAAAGUGUGUUGAGUACUCCAGAACUAGAGACUCAUGAUUGACUCUUUUGCACAGUAUUAAUCUCUUUGUCAACUUUUCAUUUCCCAAGUACUGUAGCAAGCUAUGUAUCUAUGUACCUGCCUGUGCACUUGCCUCGUGACACAACAGUUAACCUCA